AUGUCGAGCGAGCUGAUGCAAGGCGUGGCUCUCUAUAAGGAGCUCCUGUGUGUGUAUUACAACGUGGCGGAGAGUGAGCUGAACAUGGGUAGCGGAGACGUAGGAGAAUUGUUCCAAAUAAAGGAAGACCUAACUCAACCGAUAAGUUGCGAUAUCGAUAAGUGUAAGGAGAUACUGAACAAACUGAAGCUCGUUCUGAUUCACUUACCCUCGCUUGAUCCCCUAGUACCCAUCGGAAAGAAAAACACAAAUGAGUUACUCCUCGCUAGACAUAUUUUAGAAAAAGGAGUAAUCAUAUCCAUCAUCGAUAGAGACAUCAAAUCUUUUUCCAUCUACAUGGCUCAGUUAAUUCUCUAUUAUUUCGAUUACCAGAACAUCCUUCCGAAGAGUGAAAGCCAGAAUGGAAUCAUCGGAAUGUAUCUCCUCUACCUCUUAUCAUCCAAUCUAAUCGGAGACUUCCACAUGAUGUUAGAGAUCAUUUCGAUUCAAGAUCAAAAUGAUGAAUACAUAAAAUAUGUCCUUGAGCUGGAGCAACACAUUAUGGAUGGAUACUUCUACCACGUGCUUACUAAGAAGGAUGACAUACCACUACACUUAUAUGCUCUCUUCAUUGAAAGGCUAUAUAAUACCAUUCGGUAUAAAUUGGCUGACUGUAUCUUCGCUUCGUCAAACUGUAUCUCAUCGGAGUAUGCCUGUGAGCUUUUAAGAUUUGUCAGUGAAAAGGAUUUGUAUCAGUUUAUUGGAGAGUAUAAUGAGACCAAGACCAGUCAAGGUGAAUGCAACCUGCUCUGGGAAGUUCGGGAUAAGAAGAUUUACUUCAAUAAUCAGACGGUCCAUGUGCAGGACCUCCCCGCGCUUGAGGUGCUGAACAAUACCAUCGGCUACGCCACGGAGCUGGAGCGGAUCGUUUAG